AUGAGUAAAUUAGAGAAUGCAAGCAAACCUCAGCUACAAAAAAUUGAAGCAAGCAAAGAGCCAGAGGUCGUCCAACCGACAGAUAAACCUUCACCAAUCGUCUAUCAGCCGCUUAAACUCCUAAAAAUUAUGACGACAAACCAUCACGAAGGUAAAGAAUAUGUAAACCUUAAAGAAACAAUUGGACUAGCACCCAUCGCCCCAGACACUAGAUUUCGUGAAAGUAUUUUUAAAAACCUCCUUUAUGACGAAGAAAAUACAAAAGUGGAAUUCCUGAUUGUUGUAGCUAUGUACAAUGAAGACGUAAAAAAUUUCACAGACACGAUGCACGGUAUCGCAGACAAUCUCGACGAUUUCAGAUUAGCUGGCAUCGCGCCUGAGAAAAUUUGUACGGUAAUUAUAGUUGACGGUAUGAGACCAUUUUUGCAAACUUACAACAAACAAAAGCCAUUUUUCAGCCAGUUUUUUGAUGAGAAUGCAGUGAAAGAUUUUUUCAAGCCUGAAGGCGAUGAUCUGCAAAAAUGUAAAAUCCCGGGAGAAACUGACGAUGAUGAGUUCGCUCAUUGCUUUAUGAAAACUCACUACUUUGGUGACUGCCAGCUGGGGCUACAAACUAUUUUGUGCAUAAAACAAAAAAAUAAGAGAAAACUAAACACUCAUCUUUGGUUUUUCGGAGGGUUUUGUGAGAUGUUUCAGCCGAAGUAUGUGAUGCUUCUUGAUAUAGGAACCAAACCAUUACCGAAGUCGUUAUUCUAUCUAUAUGAAGCUAUGAGGACUGAUGAGAGAAUUGCUGGAUGCUGUGGAGAAAUUACAGUUAUGGAUCCUAAUUUCUGGAAUAUGGUGCAGAUGGCUCAGCUGGUCGAAUACAAAAUCAGCCAUAUGUUCGAUAAAGCUCUGGAAAGUAUUAUCGGAUAUAUCACGGUGUUGCCUGGAGCUUUCAGUGCCUACAGGUGAGAAGCCUUGCAAGGUGAGCCUUUAUGGGAAGAUUAUUUCAAAUCGAUUUGUCAUCCCUACUUAAUGAAUGCUUUUCAGUCAAACAUUUACUUAGCUGAAGACAGAGUGCUGUGCCUUGCUUUAGUCAGCAAAAAGGAUUGCAAUUAUUUGCUGGCUCCUCCCUUUAAGUGAACGAAAUUUUUUGGUUUGGCUAUAGGAUUAUUUUUUUAUUUUAAUAUAAAUAUUUUUCGAAAAAAAAUUUAUGCUAUUAUAUGAAAGUUUUUAUGCAAAGAGAGAGAUUUCAUUUAAUAAGCAUUAAAUAUAUGUUAACAAAAAUAUUAUAUUGAAAAGAUUUAUGGCUCGUUUUACCAAAAUUUAAGAUUUUUAAAAGAUUUCCUCGUAUACAGAGUGAGGAGUAAGAUACGUUAAAAAAUCAGUAGCUGAAACUGAUGUUCCCGAAAAGUUAUCAGUGCUAAUGUCGCAGAGAAGAAGGUGGAUUAACGGUUCUUGGUUUGCUCUUAUUGACUCUCUUAGGAGAGCAGACGUAAUUUAUUACUCAAAUCACAGCUGCUGCAGGAAGUUCUGGUUCACUUUUCAAAUGUUCUAUUAUUCUGUCAGUGUGGCUUUCACAUGGUUUAUGGUUGGGACAUUCUUUUUAGCAUUUGCUAUUGCAAUGAGAGGUCUUUUUUCUGGAGAUACAGCAUGAGUAGGAAGUUGGCUUGUCGUUCUCUAUAUAACUGUCAUUAUUGUUGUUAUAUUUUUAUCUCUUGGAGUUAAGCCUGCUAGAGUUGAAGAAGUUUACAAAAUAGUAUCUUACGCUUGGUCAGGUGUAAAUAAGGAUCCACCUUGCACUUAAAAUAUGCAAAAAUGCACCCUCUUACCCUCCCCCAUUCUUAAUAAGCGAAUAAUUUAAGACUGUCAAAAAUUAGAGCAUUUAACCCCAUAUUGGUCAAGCAAUUUUAUAUGUUUGCAUGAAAUCCGCUAUCUACCCCACCUAAACUAUUUUUUAAUAAUAAAUAUUAAAGAUAUUACAGUAUAAUAUCGUCUAAUGCGAUUACACAUGUUGCUAGUAUUUUAUGUGAAUACUCUGUCUCUUAUCACUAAUCUAUAAAUUUUUUAUAUGGAAACAAUUUUUGAUGCAAUAAAUAUGCAAGACAGUAGAAAUAAUUUUUGGGUUGUCGCACUUUUGAUAGUGUAAAUUUCACCGAAAUACAUUGAGUCAAAAAUUGGUUGAAAUUUUUGGAUAGUGAAACAUUUGACCGAAAAAGACCAUUAAAUUUCGACCAAAUGCUACACAUUUAACAAAUAUAAUUCGAUGAAAUGUACACCAAAAAAUCAGUCACUUCUUUAUUUAGCUAAACCAUACGCUUAUGGCGUCUUUAUGAUAUUCACGACAGUAUUGAUGUUCUUGUACAUCUUCAAAGGUUUGUCUGACUUCAACUGAAUUCUUCCAUUCAUGAUUGCCACAAUCGCGAUAUUUGCGUUUGUAUCGUUGAUUAACCGUGCAGCCCUCACAGUUUCCAAAGGAGCUGUUCAAUUUAUUCUGAUGACUCCAACAUAUGUUAACGUGUUCUUGACAUAUGCAAUCUGCAAUAUCCAUGAUUGCAGCUGGGGAAACAGACCAGACCAAAUGACUGAAGAAGAAAAAAAAAGAGUUGAAGAAUUUGAAGAAUUUCGAACCAAAUGGGCAAUGGUGUGGGCCCUAUGCAAUUCAGCCUUUGCUUACUAUUUAAAUCUUCUUGAUAAAACUUCCCAAGAUGGGGGGCAUACAAGUAGGAGGUGGUUCGUUUACGCUAUAGCUUUUGUUGGAGUCGGAAUAUUGUUUCUGAGAUUCAUCGGAGCCAUGAUCUAUUGGACUCAGGAAGAGUGCUGCAAGAACAGUCUGGCAUUAGACAAAACUAUUGCAAGGACUCCGAAGAAGCGCGACACUGAGAGAAGAGAAAGACUUGAGAGAAGAAGAAGAGCAAAUCAAAGCGAAACUGAAGUUCCGAUGCGUGAAAAACCUUUAGCAGACAGCUCUCCACUUAAUGGAAGAGCCUUGGAAACAAUGUCUUCUCCAUCGGAUAUGGUUUCGGAAAAUGGCAACAGCUUAACACACAAUAUUGCUACACUUAAAGCCCAAAGAGAAGAAAAAGGAGUUUCUAUUGAAGAAUUAGCCAAAAUUACCGAAAUUUCUGCAGAAGAGAUAAAUAUGAUAGAAUCAGGGGAAAAAAUACCAACGCAUGAAGAAUUAAAAAAAAUCAAAAGAUCAUUGAGGAGGCUCCCAGCCAAAUCUCAACACUUAUCUUAA